AUUUCUUAUUAAUUUAAAUAAUUUUAAUCGUAAAUUUCCUAAUUUAAAAUAAGUAUUCGUCGUUUGUAACCACAAAGAUUUAAAAUGGCCAAGCGUACAAAAAAGGUCGGUUUGGCCGGUAAAUACGGAACACGUUACGGUGCUUCUCUCAGGAAGCAAGCUAAAAAGAUCGAGCUUUUGCAGCAUGCCUCCUACAACUGCCCAUUUUGUGGUAAAGACGCCACAAGACGCAAGGCUGUUGGUAUCUGGCAAUGCAAGGGAUGCAAGAAGAAGAUCGCCGGUGGUGCCUGGUCAUUGGCCACCUCAGCUGCCAGCUCAAUCAAGGCUACAAUUGAACGUCUCAAUAAGCAGAAACUUGAGUCUCUUUAAGUAAUGCGUUUGU